UACUUUUUUGGGUUUUAUAAAAAUUAUUUUGUGAAAAAAUUAAGCUCCUGUACUGAUAAGUUCUCUCUCUUCAUAAAUUAUUUUCAAAAUGUGUGUGAAACAUUUUCAGACGAAGCAUACCAGGAUCAAUUUUUGCAAGUUUAAAAUGCUUUAGUGUUUUUUUUAGAGCACAACAAUUGCAGAAAUGAUGAGUCAAGCCUCCAAUAUCAAGGGCGAAAAUGCAGCAUUCAGUUCCUCCCUCCUUUGCUGCGGAUUAGACUCGUUUCAGAGGCGACUGUCAAUGGAGUACUCAUGGGUUGGGGCUGCCAUUUCAUUGAUAGCGAGCUUACUAGCAAUCUGGGUAUCAUGGGGUGUGUUGAACUGGGUUUGGAUCAGGCCGAGGAAGCUCCAGAAGUGGCUCAAAAAACAAGGCCUCGCCGGAAACCCUUACCGGAUUCUGCAUGGGGACUUGAAGGAGAGGUCGGCGCUGUUCGAGGAGGCCAACUCCAAGCCUGUGGCCCUCUCCCAUGAUAUUGGUCCAAGGGUGUUGCCCUCCAUUUAUACAACCAUCCAAAACUACGGGAAGAGUUCAUACAUGUGGCUUGGGCCAUACCCAAGAGUACACAUCAUGGAUCCCGAGCAGCUUAAAGCUACUUUUUCUCAAAUCAAUGAUAUCCAAAAACCAGGUAUGAACCCGCUCAUUGACUAUCUUUUAGAGGGAAUUAUAUCGCAUGAAGGCGAAAAAUGGGUUAAACAUAGAAAGAUUAUCAACCCUGCAUUUCAAUCGGAUAAGUUGAAGAGUAUGGUACCAACGUUCGUGGAUAGUAGCAAAGAGAUAUUGAGUGAAUGGGAAAAAAUAAUCCCUGAAGAGGGGGGUUGUGAGUUGGAUGUAAUGCCAUAUCUACAAGACAUGACAUGUGAUGCCAUUUCUAGAACAGCAUUUGGAAGUAGCUAUAAGGCCGGACAAAUGAUCUUCCAACUUCUUAAACAACUUAUAGAUUUGGUGGUUAAAGUUGCCUUUGGAGUUUAUAUUCCUGGAUGGAGGUUUCUACCAACCAAGUCCAACAAAAAAUUGAAAGAAAUAAAUGAAGAAAUAAAAAGAUUGGUUUUGGGUAUUAUAAACAAGAGGCAAAAGGCUAUGAAGGAAGGUGAAGCUGUACAAAAUGACUUAUUGGGCAUUCUCCUUGACUCCAAUGCUAAAGAAAUUGAUGCACAAGGAAACAACAAAGAUGUUGUAAUGAGCAUAGAAGAUGUGAUUAAAGAGUGCAAGAUUUUCUACAUUGGUGGCCAAGAAACCACAGCUCAACUAUUAACUUGGACCAUGAUUUUGUUGAGCUUCCACACCGAGUGGCAAGAACGAGCUAGAGCUGAGGUUCGAGAAGUAUUUGGUAACAACACUCCAAAUUCAGAUGGUUUAAAUCGUCUAAAAGUGGUAAAUAUGAUUUUACAUGAAGUUCUAAGGCUAUAUCCACCUGCAAGUAUGCUUCUUCGUGAAAUUAAAAAAGAAACAAGUGUUGGAAAAUUGAAUGUACCAGCUGGAAUAAUGUUACUUGUACCAGUGAUUCUUAUCCAUCGUGAUCGUGAGAUAUGGGGUGAAGAUGCGAAUGAGUUUAACCCAGAAAGAUUCAGCAAUGGAGUUUCUAAAGCAUCAAAGCUGCAGCCAGCUUUCUUUCCCUUUGGAUGGAGUCCUCGGAUAUGCAUGGGGCAAAACUUUGCGAUUAUGGAGGCCAAAGUAGCGAUGUCCAUGAUUCUACAGCGUUUUUCAUUUGAACUCUCUCCAUCCUAUGCUCGUGCUCCCACUGUGGUCAUGUCUGUUGAGCCUCAACACGGAGCUCAUAUCAUUCUAUGCAAACUUAUGAUAGCGAGCUUAAUAGCAGUCUGGGUAUCAUGGGGUGUGUUGAACUGGGUUUGGAUCAGGCCGAGGAAGCUCGAGAAGCGGCUGAGAGAACAAGGCCUGGCCGGAAACCCUUACCGGAUCCUCCAUGGGGACAAUAAGGAGAGUUUGGCGAUGUUGAUGGAGGCCAACUCAAAGCCUGUGGCCUUCUCCCAUGACAUUGGUCCAAGGGUGUUGCCCUCCAUUUAUAAAACCAUCCAAAAUUAUGGAAAGAAUUCAUACAUGUGGCUUGGACCGUGUCCAAGAGUACACAUCAUGGAUCCAGAGCAACUUAAAGCUACCUUUUCUCUAAUGAAUGAUAUCCAAAAACCAGAUAACAACCCGCUCAUUGACUACCUUCUAGAGGGAAUUCUAACCCAUGAAGGGGACAAAUGGACUAAACACAGAAAGAUUAUCAGCCCUGCAUUUCAUUUGGAUAAGUUGAAGGGUAUGAUACCAGCGUUCGUGGAUAGCAGCAAAGAGAUAUUGAGUGAAUGGGAAAGAAUAGUCCCUGAAGAAGGGUGUUGUGAGUUGGAUGUAAUGCCAUAUCUACAAAACUUGUCACGUGAUGCCAUUUCCAGAACAGCAUUUGGAAGUAGCUAUAAGGAAGGACAAAUGAUCUUCCAGCUUAUAAGACAACUCAUUGAUUUGGUGAUUAAAGUUUCGGGUGGAACAUAUAUUCCUGGAUGGAGGUUUCUACCAACCAAGUCCAACAAUAAACUGAAAGAAACAAAUGAAGAAAUAAAAAGAUUGGUUUUAGGUAUCAUAAACAAAAGGCAAAAGGCUAUGAAGGAGGGUGAAACUGUACAAAAUGACUUAUUGGGCAUUCUCCUAGACUCCAAUGCUAAAGAAAUUGAAGCUCAAGGAAACAACAAAGACGUUGGAAUGAGCAUAGAAGAUGUGAUUAAAGAGUGCAAGAUUUUCUACAUUGGUGGCCAAGAAACCACAGCUCAGCUAUUAACUUGGACAAUGAUUUUGUUGAGCUUCCAUACCGAGUGGCAAGAACGAGCUAGAGCUGAGGUUCGAGAAGUAUUCGGUAACAACAACCCAAAUUCCGAUGGUUUAAGUCGUCUAAAAGUGGUAAAUAUGAUUCUACACGAAGUUUUAAGGCUAUAUCCACCUGCAAGUAUGCUUCCUCGUGUGGUUAAAAAGGAAACGACAAUUGGAAAAUUGAAUUUACCGGCUGGAGUAAUGUUAGUUGCACCGGUGGUUCUUAUCCACCGUGAUCGUGAGAUAUGGGGUGAGGAUGCGAAUGAGUUUAACCCGGAAAGAUUUAGGAAUGGAGUUUCUAAAGCAUCCAAACUUCAGCCAGCUUUCUUUCCCUUUGGAUGGGGUCCUCGGAUAUGCAUGGGGCAAAACUUUGCGAUUAUGGAGGCCAAAGUAGCGAUGUCCAUGAUUCUACAGCGUUUUUCAUUUGAACUCUCUCCAUCCUAUGCUCAUGCUCCCACUGUGGUCAUGUCUGUUGAGCCUCAACACGGAGCUCAUAUCAUUCUUCGCAAACUCAAUAAGGUUGAAGAUAAAUUGAGCGGAGAGACAAAUCCAUCAGAACAAGGAGGUUGUCAAUGGAGUACUCAUGGGUUGGGGCUGCCAUUUCAGUUGUAGUGAGCUUAUUAGCAGUCUGGGUAUCAUGGGGUGUGUUGAACUGGGUUUGGAUCAGGCCGAGGAAGCUCCAGAAGUGGCUGAGAGAACAAGGCCUGGCCGGAAACCCUUACCGGAUUCUCUAUGGGGACCUAAAGGAGAGCUUGGCACUGUUGAAGGAGGCCAACUCCAAGCCUAUGGCCUUCUCCCAUGACAUUGGCGCAAGGGUGUUGCCCUCCAUCUCUAAUGCCAUCCAAAACCAUGG